UUAGCAAAAAUAUUUAAGUAGUAAAGCUACUAAACCAUGAAACUGUGCUGUGUUAUAUUAAAUUUUUCUCUUGCUUUGUAAUUACUGAGAGCUUCGACAUAUUUUGAGAUAUGUGUGAAUACCAAAAAAUCGCUUUGUCCUGACAAUGAUGACAAUUGCAUCCAUUAAGAAUCACUUCUUUAUGAUUGUUCAAUAAAGUGUAUUUCUUAAUAUAUUUCUAAUUCCGAUUAGAUUGGGUGUUUCUAAUAAAAAUGUGCUCAUGAAGCUACUCUCUAGACAACUUUCGAUUAUUAAAGGCUCAUUUCAUAUUGUGCCAUGAAAGAGGACUUUAAAAAUAAGUCAAACUAAUUUAAAAAUCUUUAUAUUUGCUAAUAUGCGCAAAUAUCACCUUGCGAUAAUAAAAAUUCUACUUGUGUUAAUAUGAUUACUGAUAUAAAAAGUUGCUUUAAAAGUUGCUUAGAUAAUGACAAUACAUCUAAUUCCUAUGAUUGUGUAUAAAAAAAUUGUACAUCAAAUGAAAAAAUUAUUUAAGGUUAUGUUGAUCAAAUAUUAUAAUGCUCAAUCUCUACUAUUUUGUAGAUAAUUACAAAAUAAUUAUUUUUUGUUUAUAUGUUUAUUUAUUUAUUUUAAUGA